CAUCAGUUUUUUUGGUGUUUGUGUAGCAGUUAAAUACCAGUGACCCAGUGAGUGUUGAACACUCAACAGAGAGGGCAUCUUACACCCAGACACAGACACUCAGUCACCUCCUGAAGAACAGAUCGUAUUCUGUGACAGUGCCAACGAUGCUAAAGUGUGUCCAGAUUCCAGUUUUCCAGCUAGCAGUCCUGCUGCUUCCAGCCUCUCUGGGCUCCGACCUGUACCUGCCACUGGACUGUGCGGACAUCCACCAUCACGAGAGCAGCAAGCCCAGCGGGGUGUACAACAUCUUCCCUGGAGGACCCAACGCCCCCCUCAAGGUCUACUGCGACAUGGAGACCGAUGGUGGGGGCUGGACUGUGUUCCAGAAGAGGAUGGAUGGCUCGGUGAACUUCUACAGGAGCUGGGAGAGCUACAAGCUGGGCUUUGGGGACAUCGCAGCGGAGUACUGGCUAGGCCUGGACAACAUGGUGCUGCUGAGUCUGAGAAGGAGGAAUGAGCUAAGGGUGGACAUGGAGGACUGGGAUGGAAACAAGGCGCAUGCUCAAUACUCCUCCUUCUCUGUGGACCCCGAGCAAUUGGACUACACAUUACACCUGGGGACUUAUGUCGGGGGUGACGCAGGUGAUGCUUUGAAGAACCACAAUGGCAUGAAGUUCUCCACCUAUGACAAAGACCAGGACACCAAUGAAAGUAACUGUGCUAGCCAGUAUAUGGGUGGUUUCUGGUACCUGAACUGCCAUGAUGCCAACCCCAACGGCCUUUACAUACCCGACUCGAGCUCUCCGUACAGCAGUGUGUUUGUCAGCUGGGACACUUGGAAAGGGACUAGUUACUCUCUGAAGACCAUCUCGAUGAAGAUGAGGGCACUGUCCAAGUGUAGCAGUUAGAUAUCCUGAUUGACUCCCACACCUAAAGGUGGCUUUCCAUGCAAAAAAGAGAAGAAUAGGCUGUAUAAAACUUAAAAAGCGAAUCAAUGGCUAUAUAAGUCAACACACAAAAUAAGAAAUUAGCCACAAUAAGGCACAUGAGAAAGUACACAUGCAUAUAUAAUACACAAUGCUUAUAAUUUGCAUAUACUGCAUACUGUAUAUGUAUACAAAAAUAAUACAUGGGCAACUUUUAUAUUAUUUGCCAUAGUUAUUUCUAUUUCUUUCUUGUAUGGACUGCCAAGCCAU